GCCACCGAGUGACGUAGUUGUAAGUUGCACACUGCCAAGUUAGAGAUAACUUCACUUCCUUCUAUCUGCAUACCUUAACAAUGCCGGAACUAUCAAGUAUGGAGAUUACUGCCAUCGUGGCUGGUGGACUAGCUGCUAUAAUACUCUGUGUGGCCAUCAUAUUGUGUAUUAUAAAACUAGGGAUCGGCAGCGAUCCGACGAAGGACGAUGACGGUACUACCGAUGUGCGAGCUGACGGUGUCAGCGAAUAUUUCAUGGUUGCGACUGACUAUCAUACCGCGGACACAGUGAGGGCGACUCCUCUAAGUAAAGUUGACCGAGGCACGGUAAUGGAAGACAAGAUACCUUACAGGAAAGUUGACGACAAUGAUUCUCAGACAACCGACGAGGACACAGAUGUCAAAAUAAGCCAGGAAAAUAUAGUUGGUAAGAGGCACGGUCAGUUGAUAACACCGGCAUUAACUAACAGUGAGGAAGACAACGCGAAACAGACAAACGUGUCAAAAACCGGCAACAUAGACGCCAUUGGACUGGAGAACUUUGCGUAUACGAUGCAAUCACACGAACCAGACAACAAUUUUCAAUUUCGCGGUGGGUUUGUCGACAGUGAUCAACCAAUUAAACUAACCGUAUUAUAAUUUCCAACUUAUCUAAGUGAACAGGUUUAAAUUUUGAACUAUGGCCGGGUAGGAAAACGGUGACAUAACAUACAGUACUCAGGCUUUAAAAACAAAUUACUGCAGAGACGUUUUAUUUAGAUAGCAUGGAUAAUGACAAAUUUAACAAAUUUGUACGUAGUUCUCGUUGAUUUUUUCUUAGUAAACAGUGUAUGGCAUUUAAACAAUUGUAAUUAACAUACAUUUUGGUUUAUCACUAUUGAAAGAGUAUUGCAUUGUAUUAUUGAAGCGCCCUCACAG